AUGGCGUCUUGGGCCAGGUUAGGCGUUAGUUUGCGGAGUACAGUCGGACGUUUCUGGCCUCUCAGAAAUACAGGGUAUGGUCGUGCUGUUGGAGCGGGUCUUCUGGGCUCUGUUGUAGCAAGCGGAUUUAUUCACUAUAAAAAUGAACCGCGAUGGAGACUCUGGCCACACGUCGUGUACGCGCAGGACGCGAAGAAGGAGGAGAUCGCAGUACCACCAGUGUCCAUGAGACGUCUGCGGUUUAACCAGUUUGCCUCCAUGAUCUAUGAAGAGGAGCCAUACAUGACACCCAGAGACUUCCUCCAUUCAGUCAUGAUGGAGAAGGUGGACCGCAAACUACAGAAAAAGAUGCUGACUAAAGCAGAUGUGGAUGAUAUGAUAAGGGUGGCUUCCAGGGCUGAGGCAGGAAACAACAUGUUCAGAGGAAUCGGAGACAAAGGGCUGAUCUCUUACACGGAGUACCUGUUUCUCCUCACUAUUCUCACAAAACCUCAAACAGGAUUUCAUAUUGCUUUCAAAAUGCUUGAUAUUGAUGGCAAUGAGCAUGUGGACAAGAAGGAAUUUCAGAAGCUGAAGAAAGUAAUUCGACCAAGGAAAGAGCUUCUAAGGCAGGAUAGGACAGAGCUUUCAGACAGUGUUGAUGAGGUCAACACUACACUACAGGUGUUCUUUUUUGGGGAAGAUGGCAAGGAAAAACUCCAAUACAAAGAUUUCUGCAGGUUUAUGGAAGACCUGCAGGCAGAAGUGCAAGAAGUUGAGUUUCUGCGGUUUUCUAAAGGGAUGAAGACUAUGAGGCGGGAGGACUUUGCUGAAUGGCUGCUUCACUACACCAAUGAAGAGAACAAUGAGGCAUACUGGGAAAACAUGAAAAAGAGGAUCCCCACUGGGCAGAGCAUCACCUUUGAUGAAUUUAAAGCAUUCUGUCUCUUUACCAACAAUCUGGAGGACUUUGCCUUCUCAGUCAAAAUGAUUAAUGAUGCCAGCAGGCCAAUAGGAAUGGCUGAGUUUAAGCGAGCAGUGAAGAUAGCGACAGGCCACGACCUUUCAGAGAACGUUUUGGACACAGUUUUUAAGAUCUUUGACCUGGACGGUGACAACUGCCUGAGCCAUAAAGAGUUCCUCGCUGUGAUGAAAGACAGAGUACUUCGUGGACUCAGGGUUCAGCCCCAGCAUGGUAUUUCUGGUUAUUGGAAAUGUGUGAAAAGAGAGACACUGCAAGGAGCUCAAGAGGCUCUCCGUGAAACUGGCAGCCCAGUCUGA